GUCACGGCGGCUCCACCAUGUUGUAGGAAAUCCGCCACUGCUCCACACUGUCAGAUUACGCUUUAAUCUGUGGAGGAGGAUACACCGUCAAAACCAACUCGGUGUCUUGGAACGACUUCACGUUUUUGUUUGUGCUACCUAAAGGUUGUCAUUUUCCUUCGGGGACCGGUUAAUACCUCGAAGAUGAAUCAUCAGUCUACAUGUGCCGUCUUUUCCUGCUCGCCAAUUUGCCACUACAUUAAAAUGUUAGCUGGCUAACUAGCGAGAAAUAGAGUAACCCCAUCGCUCAAGGUAAUAUCCAGGUAUUUUUGCUAUUUUUGACAGCGAUUACAAGGCAAAGGAGCUCCCUCUUUGUGCUAUACGCUUCUAUUUCUGCAAACAACCAGACAUCGUAGUUUUUCCUCCGGCACUAAUGUUCAUGCAAGUAAGCUAACACACCAAAUAGAGCUGGAGCCCUUAGUCGAGCAUUUUGGGGGCCUUUCCCCCCCACUGUUUGUUUGAAAGAUCAACAUUUAAACCGAAAGUCAAGACCGCAAAAUCGAUGUGCCACUCCGUAUCGGGCUAGCCGGGAGGACAACCGUACAGUAGUUCAACUGCGAAAUCCGAAAGAAGGAAAGAUGUCAGGAAAGGAUAAAGAUAAACCAGAGAAACAGUCCACAACGGAGCGGCUCAUUAAAGCUGUGCCAUACCCCCCACAACAUAGACUGACCACAAAAGAGUUAUUUGAAGAUGGCAAGCCAAAUGCAGAGCUGUUACGAAACCACCUCGUUAAAGAAGGCAGAGUGGAGGAAGAUGUGGCGCUAAAGAUCAUCAACGAUGGAGCCAACAUCCUUCGGCAAGAGAAGUGCAUGCUGGAAGUGGAGGCACCUAUUACAGUUUGUGGUGAUGUCCAUGGCCAGUUCUUUGACCUCAUGAAGUUAUUUGAAGUUGGCGGAUCACCGAGUAAUACAAGGUAUCUCUUCCUCGGAGACUACGUAGAUCGAGGAUACUUCAGCAUUGAGUGUGUUCUCUACCUCUGGUCCCUCAAGAUCAACCACCCCACGACACUCUUCCUCCUGCGAGGGAACCAUGAGUGUCGGCACCUCACAGAGUACUUCACCUUCAAGCAGGAAUGUAAAAUUAAGUACUCAGAAAGGGUCUAUGAUGCCUGUAUGGAGGCCUUUGACUGCCUGCCCCUUGCCGCCCUGCUUAACCAACAGUUCUUGUGUGUACACGGUGGACUCUCACCAGAAAUUAACUGCCUUGAUGACAUAAGGAAAUUAGAUAGAUUUAAAGAGCCACCAGCGUUUGGGCCAAUGUGCGACCUGAUUUGGGCUGACCCUGGUGAAGACUAUGGCAGUGAAAAGACAACUGAACAUUUCAACCACAAUUCUGUCAGAGGCUGCUCCUACUUUUUCAGUUACUCAGCAGUGUGUGACUUUUUGGUAAAUAAUAACUUGCUGUCAGUAAUUAGAGCCCAUGAAGCCCAAGAUGCAGGAUAUCGGAUGUACAGAAAAAGUCAGACAACGGGCUUCCCUUCGUUAAUUACAAUCUUUUCAGCUCCAAAUUAUCUUGAUGUGUACAACAACAAAGCUGCUGUAUUAAAAUAUGAGAACAACGUGAUGAAUAUUCGACAGUUCAACUGCUCCCCCCACCCUUACUGGUUACCCAACUUUAUGGAUGUCUUCACAUGGUCUUUGCCAUUUGUUGGAGAAAAAGUGACAGAGAUGUUGGUGAAUGUGCUCAACAUUUGCUCUGAUGAUGAGCUCAUGUCAGAGGGAGAUGAUCUAUAUGAAGGUGGCACCACAGCGAUGCGUAAGGAGGUAAUCCGGAACAAGAUCCGUGCAGUCGGGAAAAUGGCCCGAGUCUUCUCAGUCCUCAGGGAGGAGAGUGAGAGUGUAUUAACUCUCAAAGGUCUGACCCCGACCGGAACUCUUCCCAUGGGAGUACUGUCCGGUGGAAAGCAGACAUUACAGACCGCUACUCUUGAGGCAGCUAAAGCAAAAGCCAUCCAAGGCUUCUCUCCUACGAGGAAGAUUCGUAAUUUCGAGGAGGCACGUGGCCUGGACAGGAUAAACGAAAGGAUGCCGCCUCGCAAAGACGGCCAGCAGCCGGACGGCACCACCGUCAAUACCAGCGCAGCCAACAAGAACGGCACUAACGGAUAGGCCAUAGAAGCCGCGCCUAAAAGCCCCCCCCCCACUCCUCCCGACGCUUCUUCGCCAUCCCGCUCCACCUCGCUUUGCUGUCCCGUCCAUCCCUUUGUCAGUCUCCUCCCCAGGAAGCGCCUGUCCAUCUUCUGUGUGCAUGCUGAAAGGAAGUAGACACGGUAGGUGGUGAAAAACAAAAGGAGACUACUCUGCUAGCAAAAGUUCUUUGGAGAAAAAGAGAAAAAAGAAUCUUUGGGGGAUAUUAUUUAUUAAAGGGAUAUACUAGAUGUCUCGUAGCACCUGGUGAACGAAUGGAGACAUUUUGCAGUUGCUGUACACUGAAGUCCAUGCUUAUUCAUGUCGCAGUUAUACAGGAUAGAUCAAUAUGAUAAAUUGAAUUUGGUAAGAUGAAGCUUUUGCCUAAUUCAGUUGUUAGUUUGCUGUUGUCAAUGUGUGUGUGUCAAUGGAUACGUUGAAGCAUGAAUUCUGUAGCCCCAGCAUCCCCAUUUUGAAGUCAAGAUAUGAAGUGGGGUACACUGCUUCUAGUGGUGGGGAGGAGAGGGGGGACUAUUUUAUACUUUGAGCAGAAAUGUGAUGUCUUAUGAAAUGUUCACAAAACUUUGGUGAAGCCCAAAGAUAUGGAAGUAUUUUGUUCUCUCUCAGUCACAGUGUCCUGUAUUAUCAUUAGUGAAGGAAACAGAUUGAAAAUGAAGAUAGAAUGCUUUUUGUGCCGUAGGCCUAAUAGGUGUUAGUUGACAUGAUGGCAGCUAGGACGUUUGCUCCCACCGAAACCAAAUUAGGGGACGUACAGAACACCACGACACAAGGCGCCUCGUUCCGGCACCACAGUCCUCCCCCAUUCUGGAUGGAAGCACAUUCAGAAACUGUAUCAAGACAAACCAGUUUAACCAUCCAUUCAUCCAUUUUCUAAUCCACUUUUCCUCAUGAGGAUCGCGGGUCCGUUUAAACAAAAGAGGACAUUUUUGCCCAAGAAGCAGCGGAGCCGUUGGGCACACUCACUGAUUCUAGACUUUUAUUAAGGAGUGAAAUAUUUCUGUAUUUCAAGGAAAUACAGCAGCGGAAACUGCUGCUUUAUUGUCAAACUCAUUUUUAGGUCUUUCUGUUGCUUUACGCACGCUGUACAAGUGUCUCCAUCUCCUGUUAAUUAUACAGGAUGCAGACGUGUGUGUGUGUGUGAGUGUGUGUGUGUGCGCGCGCGGCUUUUCUCCCUUCCCCCCAUCCCCCUCAAAAAAUUGUGACUACUGUGUUUAAGAAUUAAAAAAAGCUUGUUAAAUGACUGUAAUAUGUUGAAUGGAGACACAAUAGACUGAUGUUCACAUUUGGAGCGCUCCCACUACCACAUGUUUGACAAGGCUUAGCAGUCAACUUCUGGUUGAUUUGCCUCCUGCAGGUUCCUUUUUACAAGCUAGGGUGGGAGCCACGUAAUAGUCGCUGUGAUUUCCUGCUGUCUGUGAAGUUUUCCCGUAGCUUGGCUCACACUUUUGCGCUGACCACCUUCACUUAAUCUUCAUUGGCACCCAAAGAACCCUUUAAGACUCGCUUUUACCUUUUACUAGAAGUUACAAUGGAGGAGGAGUUGGGUCACUUAUAUGUGCAAUAUUUGUUUGUUUGUUUGCUUAAAAAAAUAAAAGGGAAAACAGUCAAGCCACAGAUUUUAGAGAUUUUUUUCUCAUAUACUGUAUAUAAUGCUUACAUUGUUUUUGCAGGUAUGUUCAUACUGUAUGUGACCCAGAGCCUCCUCUCGUUUCAACUGGUGCUAUUCUAGACCCAAUGCUUAGUUUCUGGCACUUGAGUAAUGGUUGGGUGACUUCAGUGAAAGAAUAUGCUCUCUUUGUGAAAAAAAUGUCCCUUGAUUUCAUUUAAUGAGUUGUUUGCACUCGUUUGGGCAGACCUGAAGAUAUGUACUGUAUGUGUGCGAAAAUGCAAACACAGUCAAGCCAUGCAACAUUAGUGAGUAAGAGUUCCCAAAGCCCGGAUCCCACUCUGUGGCGAACAUCGUGAAUAGGUCGCAAAUGGUCACAAAGACGUUCGCCAGACAUUUGGCAACAGGUUGGUCGCAAACAGUCUUUCUUGUUGCAAGGAAGUUUUGAACACAAUUCCCAAAUUUCUUGGCGACAAUCAACAUUCAACGACGCUCACAAACGCUCCCAAGCCUUCGCCACUCAGUGGGAUACAGGGCUUAAGUUAAGUAUUGCACUUUGAUCUAAUGUACACAACUUUUCAGUAUUGAAUUUUAAGUUAAUCGUAAUGUAAUGUUUCUUUGAAAGGUGAAGCUUUAUUGGGUUACUCACACAGUAUACUGACCUGUUAGGUCUUAUAAUUCACAUAUCUUGCAGAAUGUAAAAAAAAAAAAAAAACGAAUAACUGCUAACAAAGAAUCUUCUACUGGUGAAAGUGUACCGUGCGUAUCAUGCAAGGCCAUGAAAUCUACAUAGAUGUAUCACUUGAAAGCAAAUAAAUUUAAAUCCUGUGUUUUAUUUCA